CUCUACACCCCCGAAACAUUCCAUAAAUAACCAAACACUUCCCACGCAAAUAGACAGUUUUACCCUCACCUUCUCCCCUAUUUCCCUCCAUGUCCUCAUCCCCCAUCGCGAAACCCUAUCUCAUCUACGGCGAUCCAAUGGAGGAGGGAUUCGCCGAGAGCUCGUCGCCGUCGAGGCCAUCCCCCCUCUCUCCCACCGACAUCAAGGCCGGGAUCUACGCGAGGCUCGUCGAGAUCGGCAACGACGAGGCCGCCUCCGACCCCGACUUCUUCGCUCGGAUCGAGGCUCACUUCGGCCGGUUGCCUCCGAGCUAUGGGCUGGAUAUGAGCGUUGAUAGAGCUGAGGAUGUUGUUCUUCAUCGGAGAAUUCUUGCGGAGGCGAAGGAUCCGAGCAAGCGGCCGGUCUUCCAUGUUCGAUUCUCGAAGUUUCUUCAGACAAGAGGGGAUGAGGAUGAUGAUCUACGACAAUCUACAAAAGUUUGUUCCACUUCAGAAAGGUGCAAGAACGCCAGAAACGGAGAAGAAAAGCCACCAAAUUCCAGGAUCAAAGAUCGCGGAAUUGAUUUUGAACCUUGCUCAAAGCUUGGGGGCUUGAAUCUGGGAAUGAGAAAAGGUGCUAAUUAUGUAGGAGAUAGAAGCUCUCUCGUGGAUGUUGGAAGACAUGAUCAUGUGCGUAUUCCGAUUCAUGAGGUUAUCUUUUCAACCCUUGAUAAGCCCAAGCUACUUUGCCAGUUGUCCGCAUUGCUCUCUGAUAUUGGGCUAAACAUCCGGGAAGCUCAUGUUUUUUCCACAACUGAUGGUUACUCUUUGGAUGUAUUUGUUGUUGAUGGAUGGCCUGAGAAGGGGACCGAUGGUUUGCAUAAAGCACUAAUGGAAGCAAUCACAAAAAAUGAGUGUUUGUGGUCUGGGUCAUCUCGUUCAUCAGCCAUAGAAGAGAUACUGGAGAUACAAACAAAAGUUGGUGGCUGGGAAAUAGACAAACGAUCAUUGAAGAUCGGAGAGAAGCAAACAUCUGGAUCUUGUGGAGACUUGCAUCAUGGAACUUACAUGGGGCAGGAUGUUGCUAUAAAAGUCAUUUGCUCCGAGCACUUAAAUGAAGCUCUUGAGAUAGAGUUUGCUCAAGAAAUAAUGAUUUUAAGGGAAAUCCAACAUAAGAAUGUUGUUCGCUUUAUUGGAGUAUGUACAAAGCCUCCACAGUUCUGUAUAGUCACAGAGUACAUGCCUGGAGGAAAUCUCUAUGACUUCCUGCACAAACAUAACAAUUUUUUGGAGCUUUCUCAGUUGCUAAAGUUUGCCAUUGAUGUCAGCAAAGGGAUGGAGUAUUUGCACCAAAGCAACAUUAUUCACAGGGACUUGAAGACUGCUAACCUGCUGAUGGAUGCAAACAAUGUAGUGAAGGUUUCAGACUUUGGGGUAGCUCGUUUUCAAAGUCAAGGAGUAAUGACGGCGGAAACUGGAACAUACCGAUGGAUGGCACCUGAGGUCAUCAAUCAUCAGCAGUAUGAUCAAAAAGCAGAUGUGUUCAGUUUUGCAAUUGUUCUAUGGGAGUUAGCAACAUCUAAGGUCCCUUAUGAUACCAUGACCCCCUUGCAAGCUGCUUUAGGAGUGAGUCAGGGGUUGCGCCCUGAACUUCCGGCAAAAACACACCCUAAAUUGGUCGAUUUGAUGCAAAAAUGCUGGGAUGCUUUACCUGCUAAAAGACCCUCUUUUGUGGAGAUCACAGCUGAGCUUGAAGACCUCUUGGGAAAGGUUCAGGCAAACGGAGGACAAGUAAUUUAAUUGUGAAGAGGGCAUCAUAGCAAACGUUUAGGAGACCGUUGAGUGGAAAACUAUUUCAGAGAUGGAGAUGGUUCAAAGCCCGUAGAGUGUAAAUGAUUUGAGGCAUAUUUCAGUCUGCAAUUUUGUUAUUAUCAAUGCUUGAGGUCACUAAUUUCGUUUAUUUGGUUUCAAUCUCUUAAGUUAUAUUUUGGGACUCUGGAUUUCCCAUGAAAGUUCGUGGGGGGAAAACCUACCGUUCUACUUUUAUGUGUAAAUAUAGGCUAGUAUUGUCAACGGAUGAGGAUUUACGAGAGGCUAUCAUUUUUCUUGCAAUGAGAUCAGUGAAAUAUUUCUCCUU